CUUCCUCCAUAUGCCACUAACAGUAGAGACGUGAAGUAACAAAACACAAACUAGAACGCACAUGAACAUGAAGUUUGGUUUAGUGUGGCUCUGUCUGGCAGGAUUUGGAAUUUCAGCUACUGAUGAGACGGACAUAAAUGGACGUGAAGGAGAGCAUGUCACCGUUGCGUGUAUUCAUGGCUAUGCUUCAACCAACAAAAAAUAUUUCUGCAGAGAGCCGUGCAAAGGUGAUGAUGUUCUAGUAUCAUCUGAUCGGUCACCUAAUAAGAGAUUCAGUCUGAAGGAUUUCAGAAAUAGCACGUUCACAGUGACCAUCGCUGAUCUACAGGAGUCAGACUCUGGCCUUUACAGGUGUGGUGUGAACAGAAGUGCUGCUUUGGACACAUAUCUUCAAAUCAAUCUGAGAAUAUAUAAAGCAGACACACACACGACUCUGAGGACUACAACAGUGACAACAUCUGAUUCUCAAACCUCCUCGAGUAGAUCAUUCACGCCGGCACCUCAUGACAUCACAACAACAUUUACAGCAGACUCGCACAGGACUCCAAGAAGUUUAUUCUACACAUCUACCAGACCUGACGACAUUAACGUCUUAUCCUCAUCAACAGGUCCUCUGAUGGUGUUCAUCAUGGGUCCGGCCGUGCUGGUGAUCUCUGGACUGACGCUCUGUAUGCUGAACAUGCAAAACAGAGAACCAAACAGUUCCAAGGAUCCAGAACAUCACGAUGCUGAACCGAUCACCAUAUGUACCAAGACUGAUCGUGACAUCAUAGAGACUCAGCAGCAAGAUGAUACGUUCACUGUUCUUUACUUCACUGUCAGUCAAAGUCCUCCAGCCAACCAGAAACAAGACACUCUUCUCAGCUCCACCCUCUACUUCCAGUCCAACAUUAACAAGAUUUAAAACACGAUAAGAACAUAGACUCAUACAGUAUGCAAACAACCAUUUAUAUACAUUAACGUCUUAGAAAAAACAUAUGGAUCAGUACGGCAAAUGUCAUGGAAUGUAUAUGCAUUAUUACAAAAAUACACUGUAUGGUAACAGUACAUUUUGUAUGACAGGCUUACACUACACAUCCUCCUAAAUUCCCCCUAAAUCCAACAGCCGACUCACAAUGUUGAUGUCUGUUGUUUGUCCGAUCAAUGUGAAUUAGUUUUAUGUGCUUCUGAUACCAUGUGCCAUAAAAAUGGCUAAGAAUUGUUUUCUUUUUAAAGAAAGUAGAUAUAAAUAACAAAUGAUUUCACGUGCUGUAAACAAGUGGCCAAAAGUAGGAUCUAAAUCCGCAUGUCUGACACUGUAAUAUGUUCAUAGAACUACAGAACACACACACAUUUGCAUGAUUAUGUGAAGCCACAGGCCAAGCAAACAGUUUAUCGUCAAUCAAAAGCUGUGCAAACAUUGACAGAACGCUGGGCAAACACAUGGGAAAUGGGAAUCGGUAGGAAUUUGUUUAUGUAGCUCUGUGUGUGAUGAACGAUAAGAACAGCGACAUAAAUCAGACAGUAAAUGGGGGAUUGAAGACAUAACAUCACAGCGCUUCUAUUUCCAUUGUUUUGAAACAGUUUUGACUUCCUGUGACGAUUAAGGAGGACGGCAUAGUCCAAGCGGUCUACAUUCUUCAUUUGAUUUCGUCACAAUUUGGGUUUUAUGUGAUGUUCAUGGGUGGGUGAAUUUGUACAGCGAUAUCACAAUAACAGUGUUUUUAAAUGAAUUCGCAGCAGUUUCUGCCACCGUUAUGUAAACACUUAUGUAACAGAUAAAGCAAAAUAUGUCAUUCUGCUCAUCUACUUAACGUGCCAUAAACUCUCUCAACCCGAUAACUACACAUUUUUCCUUCUUCAGUUGAACACAAACAAUUUUAUAUUGAAAUGCCAUCAUGCUAACUUCUUCUAUCAGACUAAAAUAAAUGACCAUUUUUAAUAUCAAGUAAAUAAUUAUUUUGCACAUCUCUGUGCCACACGUCAUCAGGGGCGUAGCACAGAAUCUGGGCCCUGUGCAAAGGCAAAGUGUGGGGCCCCUCCACGCUAUUUAGCAAAUAAAAGCUAUUAUAU